AUGCCAUCCGCAGAUAUGUUCAGGGCAAAGAUCGUCGCUUCGGCGGUAGCACUACUCCCUCUUUCUCUCUUCUCGAGACCUGUUGCAGCUGUCCCUACGCCUCUGGAACGUAGCUCGACCGACAUCAGGUCCAUUCUGACUGACCCAAGCCGCGAUUGGUCUGCCGGAACUAUCUUGUCCUUCCCCAGCUCGCCUGCCUUUGCCAACGCAACCGAAAGGUGGUCCAUCUUCAGUCCACCCACAUACGAAGCUGCUAUUAGGCCAGGAACCGAGAGCGACAUCGUCCAAGUAAUCAAGCUUGCCAACAAUUCGGGGAUCCCGUUCUUGAGCCGGGGCUCUGGACACGGAUACGCUGAGAGCCUCGGCAACUUCCAGGGUGGAAUAUCUCUAGACCUGAGCCAGUGGAACUCUGUAGAGGUUGACUCUGCCGCUCAAACGUUGACUGUUGGCCCCGGCGCCAUCUACGACGAUAUUUUCGAUCCCCUGUACGACGCCGGGUUUUACAUGCAGACCGGCAGCUGCUCGUGCCCCUCCGUCAUCGGCGUUGCGCUCGGCGGUGGUGUUGGCCGUCUCAUGGUAGUUACGACGCAGGGCGAGCUCGGUCUCACCAUUGAUGCGCUGGAAUCUGUGCGUCUUGUCGGAGCCGAUGGGAUUGCCAAAACAGUUUCGGCCACCUCAUACCCAGACCUGUUCUGGGCGGUUCGUGGUGCAGGCGCCAAUUUCGGCGUCGUAACCUCGGCGACCUUCAAUGUGCAGACCUUGGCUAGCAACAACGAUGGAAACGUCUGGAUGGUGGACUUUCACCUGCCGGCAGAGAAGAGUCAAGAGUAUUUUGACAUAAUUCAGCAGAACUACAGCCCCAUGCCCACCAACCUGGCCGGCGUUGUGGUGUUGAAAUGGAACGCCACCUCGAACGCCACUGAGGUCGCUUCUGACUGGAUAUUCUACGGUACGGAGGAGGAGGGCCGCAAGGCACUGGCUCCCAUUCUCGAACUCGAUGCAUCCUUUUCUACGGCUGUGCUUCCGUGGAACAAGAUUACCGCUAUAAGCGGAGGAGGGUAUGACCCGCUCAACUGCCAGCCGAACAAGCCUCGCAACAACUUCAGCCUUAAUCAGAAGGCUUGGAAUGCCGAUACAUGGCAAGCCGGUUUCGAAAUGAUUGAGGAUUUCUUCGAGCAAGUCCCUGGCGGCAGAGACAGUCAGAUCUUGCUCGAGCUCUUCUCGAACGCAGCAACAGCCGCAGUCUCCGAAGACGAGACUUGCUGGCCGUGGAGGGAUACGUGGGGCUUCUUCCAGGUGCAAUUCUCCUAUGAGGCCGGAGAUACAGCCACGCAGGAUGCAGCCAACACGCUUGGUCCCAAAAUCCGCGACAAAUUCGCCGAGACCAGUGGUUAUUCUGAUCAGGUCGUCUUCCUCAACUAUGCUCGUGGAGAUGAGGCGCCUGAGAACAUUUAUGGAGCUGAUAAGCUACCUCGUCUGAUCGAGUUGAAGAAGAAGUACGACCCUCACAACCUCUUUUCUUUUCCCCAUCCCAUUCCGUCGUCCUAUCCGUGA